GACUAUGAGAGAGAAAUGAGUGGAGCGUGUAGGACUGGACAGGAAAGUAGAACAUCCAGAGUGCAAGCUUUCGCAAUCCUACCCUCAACCGCUAUUUCUGAAAUUCAUUUGUUCUGUUCCCCCCCCCCCCAACUCUCUCUCUCUCUGCCUUUCAAAGGAAUGAAUGAGACCAUCACUAGUGGUUUUGGCUAAGAAAACAAAAACAAAAUGGGAGGUUGCUGCUGCAGUGCCAGAAAACCUCAUCUGCAUGGAACACCAGUUUAUAUUUAUUGUCCACCGGCUUUGGAAGAGCAUGAAUCUUUAACUGCUAGCCAUGGUACUGCUGGUUCAUUCACUACUGGAUUGCUGGUGGGUUUGGACCUUCAGGGAUCAACACCUGAUACUUACCGGCCCCCUCCUGCACCAUUGCCAUAUGAUACGGUUUUGGGCUGUCCAGCAUCAACUGAUUCUGAGUCAGGCAGAGAAACAGUUAGUGGUAGCAGUUUUGCGACUUUACUUACUUGUGAAGAUAUUGAAGACUCAGAAUGCAAAGUUCAAGCUAAUUCUUUGCCUGCAUCUCCAAGGAAGCUGGAACUAACAAAACCAAAUGAAUCUCGUGUAUUAGUGACAGAGGAAGAGGAUGGUUGCCCAAUUUGUCUUGAAGAAUAUGAUGUUGAGAAUCCUAAAACUCUGACCAAGUGUGAACACCACUUUCACCUAUCUUGCAUUCUUGAGUGGAUGGAACGAAGUGACUCUUGUCCUAUAUGCGAUCAGGAGAUGAUCUUUGACCAGACACUGAAUUAGAUUAGUUGUUUUAAAACCAAAGCUAGCUAAAUGGUGGUUGAUGAAUGGAGGAAGUUCAUUGUUUGAUAACCGGUUUUGAUGGUGGUGGUGGUGGUAGCUACAGUCUACAGAUUCGUCUUCGAUUUGCCAUGCGUUUGUAGAGUCACUGUCUUUGCGACUUCAUCAUCAAGAUCAGGUAUCGGUGAACAAGAAUGAGAUUUUGACACAACACUACAAGAUGUUGCCUGUCACCUUGACUGCAAUUCUUCAUAUGGGAAUUUACCUGUUAGUGUAAGAAUGGAGCAUUUCUCGAAGAGGCAGAAAUUUAUGUUCAGUAAUGGUUUUUUUUUCUUCUCUAUUUCUCUCUCUUCUGCUUUCUUUCUUUUUUCUUUUUUUUUUUGUUUUACCCGAUGUUAAUUUACUGCUCUUUAUUUCUUGUACAAAUAUCUCGAUAUUUAUGUACUUGUCUAUGCUUUUUCUCUUUAUUUUUUGGGUCGGAAAAGAAAAUAUUUAUCCUGGUGUUGUAAAUCAUGUCGUUUUGUAUAUGCAGACUGGUGGCAGUCCAUUGUUGCCUGUGAAAUGAGCAAGUAUAGUAAACCUUUGUUUC